GGAAUAAAUAUUAUUUAAUAAAAUAAACACAGAUACUCAAUAUCACGAUAAAUUAAUACUAAUAUUUGGAAAUAACACGUAACUAAUAUUUUGCGCGUAAUUCUUUAUUACUUUGUAAUUGACUUAAACUGAACUGUAAGUGAAAUAAUUAAUUACCAGUGACAUACCUACCUAUUUAAUUAUUUGUUAACAUGGAGCCUCAAUAUAACAGUAAAAGUACAGCCGUGAAACGUUUGAUGAGAGAAGCAAAAGAGUUAUCAGAGCCAACAGAUGAAUAUAGUGCACACCCAUUAGAAGAUAAUUUAUUCGAAUGGCACUUUACUAUGCGUGGUCCACAGGCAUCAGAGUUUGAUGGUGGUAUUUAUCAUGGUCGUAUAUUAUUACCAACUGAAUAUCCGAUGAAGCCACCUAACAUAAUAUUAUUAACUCCAAAUGGUCGUUGGGAAACAAACAAAAAAAUAUGCUUAAGCAUUUCCAGCCAUCAUCCAGAAACUUGGCAACCGUCUUGGUCAAUUAGAACAGCUUUAUUAGCAUUGAUUGCAUUUAUGCCAACUAAUGGCCGAGGUUCAUUGGGAGCUCUUGAAUAUACGCCCGAAGAAAGAUUAAGCCUCGCUAAAAAGUCUCAGAAUUGGAUUUGUGACUGCUGUGGUAAAAUAUCUAAUUUAUUAGCUAAUAAUAAAGCAAAACCAUUGACAAAAGAAGAAAGUGAACUCAUCAAUAGUGUUACAUUUAAAGGAGAAGAUACAGAAAAAGUGUCCAAAACUUCUGACCAACAAAAACAGGAAGUAGAAGCAAUCAAUGAAGAACCAGUAGUAAAUAAUAUUUCACCCAACUUUUUUAAAGACGCAUUAUGCUCAGAUAUCGGAAUGUACCUUAUAUAUUUAAUUAUUGCACUCAUUAGUAUAUUAGUAGCAAGACGUUUCUAUAGUGCUUAAUUUUAUUGUCUUAAACAUUUAUUACUACAACUAUUAUUAACUAUUAUUAAAUUAUUUAAAUAAAACAUUUUACCAAAUAUAUAUAAUAUGUAUAAUAUUAUAAUAAUAAAACAUUUAUUGAUUAGUUAAAAAUAUAUUAUGGAAACCACUGCACUUUAGAUAUUUUGAUAAUGUAGUUCUUGAUAGAUAACAUUUAAAGAAAACUAUGAAAAUGUUUAUUAAUAAAUAUCUAAGAUUAAA